AUGCACAAUCACAACUCAUCAAGUAUAAAAAAAAAUUCAGCUAAACGACAACGAACGUAUGAUUUUGGUGAUAUUGUUGGAUUAAAAGUUUCAGAUGUUGAUCGUACAAAUACUUCCUCCACCAUUUUACCAUGUAAAAUAAUUGAUAAAUAUGUCCGAAAUGGUGAAUUUAUCUACACAGUUGCUACAAAAGAUGGUAUUAUAAAAGAACAUUUUGACUCAUUGACGCUUUUAGAUCUCACAACAGCGAAUUUUGGAUCAUUACGAGCUAUUAAUAUUGAUGAAUUACCUACAAUUACUUUCAUUCAAGCAAGUCAAAUUUACACAAAUUUUAAAUCAACAGAAACUUGUAAAUGUUUCGCACCUUCUAUUCAGAUGUAUACAAUGCGUCACUUUUUUGAAACAAUUCAACUACGAUUAUUUUUUUAUUUAAAUGCAUCGACAAUGUUAUGGAUGGUUUCGUCGAAAAUCGGAAGAUUCUUUUUGUUCGUUGGCCUAAAAGAUACAGCUGAAAGAAACCAGCGUUUGUUGAAACAACCGAAUGUUCGCAUUCUUUAUAAUCUCGAUGACAGUAUUUUGAAAAACUCAUUCUCACGAUCUCCUUUUCGACAUUAA